GUCGUAACAUUAACAUUAUCCAUUUACGAGAAGCUGACGCUAGAGGAUCUGGCAACUUCCUUUGACUUUAUUUUUCCUUUUUUUUUUUGAAGUGAUGGAAAACGUAUCUUUGCUCGAAGAAGAUAAUCGAUGGAGGCCAUACUUGAUGAUGGAGGAAUACAAAGCUAAAUCGAAACUGAGUGAGAGUUUAACCUCUACGGUUUGGCUAGCGAAGCACAGGUUAACCGGAGAAGAAGCGGUGAUGAAGUGUUUCCAUCUCUCGAAGCUCAAUAGCAAUCUCCGAAGCUGUAUAGACAACGAGCUCCACUUUCUAUCUUCCGUUCACCAUCCCAACAUCAUUCGUCUCCUCCAAGUUUUCCAAGAUGGGGAAUUACUCAUCAUGGUUCUGGAAUAUUGUGAUGGAGGAACUUUAUCAUCGUAUAUUCAAUGUCAUGGAAGAGUUGAAGAACAUAUUGCUAGGAGAUUUAUGAAGCAGAUUGGAGCUGGUUUGGAAAUCAUUCAUGAUAAUCACAUCAUCCAUAGGGACCUGAAACCUGAGAACAUUUUACUCACUGGAUCUGGGGAUGAAUCAGUGUUGAAGAUAGCUGAUUUUAGUCUUUCAAGGAAACUACUUCCGGGAAAGUAUCUCGAGACAGUGUGUGGUUCUCCGUUUUACAUGGCUCCUGAAGUUCUUCAGUUUCAGAGAUACAAUGAAAAGGCUGACAUGUGGAGUGUAGGAGCAAUACUUUUCGAGCUUCUUCAAGGGUAUCCACCUUUUCGCGGUAUGAACAAUGUUCAGGUUCUGAGGAAGAUCAAAUCUAGUACAUCUCUUCCCUUCUCUCAGUUGAUUCUUCAGGAGUUGCAUCCAGAUUGCAUUGACGUUUGUUCAAGGUUGCUUUGUAUUAACCCAGUUACGCGUCUCUCUUUUGACGAAUUCUACCAACACAAGUUCUUAAGGCUAUGAUCAUGUGUAUAAUGUAAGAAGAUGAAGUCUUUGUAAAGAGUCUGAAAACUUUUCUUGCCUGUAUGUUGCAAAAAUCCGGUUUUUGAGGAUUCUCUUCUGUAGAUAAUAGUUUUCAAGAUUCCUCCUUUUAGUUAAAUCCAAAACCCAGAUAAUACCCAAAGGGCCUUUUUUUUUCUUAA